CCCAAAAAACAAAACAAAAAAAGAAAAAAAGAAAAAAAUUGUAAUGGAAUUAGAAACAUGAGUUUUCACAAUACUAUUCUUUCUCAAUUCCUAGGAUCAAAGGCAUCCAUUUUUUUUUCUGUUUCCAACGUUUAACACAAACAACAAACACCUUUAUAUGAUGAUGAUAAACCAUGUGAUCAUCUUAACUCUGAUCCCCUUCUACUUCUUGUUCAUCUUUCAUGAUCUUACUGCUGCGGAAACACAUGGUUCAUGGCUGCCUCCUUACAUCCCUCGAGAAAACAUCACCAUUAACUGUGGCUCCUCAGGAAGCAUCUCGGCAAUCGACCACCGGAUAUGGCAAGGAGAUGUCGACUCAGUCUAUUUUCCAUCAGACGACCGAAAUAAAGCAUCAAUGAUCUCCAAACUCAACACUCCAACCACCCAAGGAAGUUCAGUCCCUUACGAAACGGCAAGGUUCUCCCGCUUCGAUUUCACCUACACCUUCCGGUUAAGUUCCGGCCAAAAGUUUAUCAGGUUGUACUUCUACCCAAACUCGUACCAAAACUUUGACAGCUCCAAGGCCUUUUUCUCUGUCAAAGCAGAACAUUAUACUCUCCUUAGAAACUUCACCCCUUCUCUUCCAGCAGAUGGCGACCUAAGCACUAGUGAGAGCAUAGUGAAAGAAUUUUGCCUUAAUGUUGAAGAAGGCAAACCUCUAAGCAUAACAUUCUCUCCUAUUUCUACAAAUAGAGAGUCAUUUGCUUUUAUCAACAGAAUUGAAGUCAUAUCAAUGCCAAACAAUCUUUAUUACACCAAUAAAGAUGCAAUAUUUGUGGGACAGCAGAGUCAAUCGUAUCCGGUCCUGUAUGACCAGGCAAUGGAGGUGGUAUACCGGAUAAAUGUCGGUGGAGCUCUUAUCAAUCCAGUUGGCGACACAUGUAUGUUCCGGAGAUGGGACCCAGACGAUGAUUAUGUAACGGAUCUUGGGUGGAGUGUUUUACCAGUUGACUACAAGCAUCAUGAGCUCAGAUUCUCUACCAGUUAUCCAGCUUAUAUUGCACCAUCUGAGGUUUAUUGGACUGCCAGGUCUAUGGGGAAUAACGAUAGAGAUCUGAUCAAGAGCUACAAUCUCACCUGGGAAUUCCCUGUAGAUUCUGGUUUCGAUUAUCUGCUUAGACUGCACUUCUGCGAGAUUGAGCCCAAAAUGAGCAAAACGGGGGAUCGGGUGUUUUUAAUUUACAUAGCGAAUCAAACGGUGGAAUCGCAAGCUGAUGUGAUUCAAUGGAGCGGUGGUAAAUACGCUCCGGUUUAUAAAGACUACGUUGUUGCACUGUUUGGCAAAGGAAGCGAGGAGAAGAAAAUAAACCUCUCGAUUGCUCUGCAAGCAAAUCCAAAUGAUCAGAAAUCUUCAUAUGCCGAUGCAAUCCUAAACGGUGUGGAGAUCAUGAAGUUGAGCAAUCAUGAUGGCAAUCUAGCUGGUCUCAACUAUGUCGCUCGGAUAUUAUCCCCACCUACUGUUGCACAACUACAUACGAAGAAGAAGAAUGGUCAAAGGGCAAUUGUAGCCGCGGUCUCUGGUGUCGUAUGUGGCAUCUUUUUAGUGUCUCUGAUCGGAUUCUUGAUUUUCAGACGGGUAAGAAAAGUCAACAAGUCAAGCUCUGACUUCAAAAGCAGAGCUACUACUACUUGGUGGGGACCUAAUUCGUCUUCCACAAUGAAAUCUACCAACACCUUAGAUUCAUCUCUACCGUCAGAUCUAUGCCGUUGCUUUUCGUUGGCUGAGAUCAAAAUAGCCACCAACAAUUUCGAUGACGUGUUCAUCAUUGGGCGUGGAGGAUUUGGCAACGUGUACAAAGGCUACAUCGACAAUAGGACCAAAGCCGUUGCGAUCAAACGGCUCAAACCGGAGUCAUCACAGGGGGCCCACGAGUUCAAGACCGAGAUCGAGAUGCUUUCCCAACUCCGCCACCUCCAUCUCGUGUCCCUUAUUGGCUACUGCAAUGAUGACCGUGAGAUGAUCCUAGUCUACGAGCACAUGCCACGUGGCACUCUCCGGGAGCACCUCUACAACAGCGACAAUCCACCUCUCUCCUGGAAACAACGACUCCAAAUUUGCAUCGGAGCGGCUCAUGGGCUGCAUUAUCUUCAUACAGGCGCCAAGCACAUCAUCAUUCACCGGGACGUGAAGACCACCAACGUACUUAUAGAUGACAUGUGGAACGCCAAGGUUUCGGAUUUCGGAUUGUCAAGGAUUGGCCCCACUGGAAUCUCGAAGACCCACGUAAGCACGGUGGUGAAGGGCAGUCUUGGUUAUCUGGACCCGGAAUACUACAGACGUCAGCAAUUGACCGAGAAGUCUGACGUGUACUCCUUCGGUGUAGUUCUAUGCGAGGUAUUGUGUGCGAGGCCACCUCUGAUGAGAUCGGUGGAGAAGAAGCAAAUGAACCUCGCGGAGUGGGCUCGGAGUUGCUACGUCGAUGGGAAAUUUCAUGAAAUUGUGGAUGAACAUCUGAGGGGUAAGAUUGCACCGGAGUGUUUGAAUAAAUACGCUGAGAUCGCGAUGAGCUGCAUUGUUGAUAACGGAAACGAACGGCCAUCGAUGAAAUAUGUGGUGUGGGGUCUAGAGUUUGCGUUGCAACUGCAACAGAGCGCGGAGGAGAAUAUGAGCUGUCAGCUGAGUGGUUCGUUUAGGGAAAUGAAGGAGAAUGAGGAUGAAGUUCCUUUUGUAAAUAGUGAAGAUGAUGAUGGGGAAUUUACUUGUAGUUGGGAAUCCACGUCGGGAUUAAGGAGCAGCCAGGCAACGAAAACGAGUAGUGAUGAGCAGAGUGGUGACACCAAAAUGUGUGAGACUGUGUUUUCCCAGAUCAAAGGUCCCAAGGGAAGAUGAACUGUGUAGCAAAGCCAAAGAGCUAUAUGUGUCAACUAGAAUUUAAAUUUCAUCGUAGUUUGUGAAUUUUGUUAUUCAAUAAGAACCAUGUAUAAUAACACAAUAUAUAUUUUUCUGUAUAUAUAUAUAUAUAUAUAUAUUGCUA